AUGGCUAGAGCGCUUCUCUCUCGUAGGAUUUUCUUCUCCAUCACCUGGAUUUUGCUCGGUUUAACUUGUCAUACACAGUCAAGCCCAACGCCUGCUGUCUUAUGGCAUGGCCUUGGUGACAGCUGCUGCAACCCACUGAGCAUAGGGCGCAUUCAAAAAGUGAUUGAAUCCAAUGUCAAAGGCAUCUAUGUCAGAUCACUACAAAUUGGCACCAAUUUUUUCGAGGACACCUUCAAUGGAUAUUUCUUAAAUGCCAAUAAGCAAAUUGCUAUGGUGUGUGAAAAAUUAGCAAAAGAUCCCAAGUUAAAACACGGUUAUAAUGCUGUUGGAUUCUCUCAAGGGGGACAAUUUCUGAGAGCAGUAGCUCAACGCUGUCCUAACCCGCCUAUGCGUAAUUUCAUCUCCAUUGGAGGACAACAUCAAGGUGUUUAUGGCUUCCCUCGUUGUCCUGGUAAUUCCAGCGAAUUAUGCAAUUUAUUACGACAACUUCUGAACCAAGGUGUUUAUGUACCAUUUAUUCAAGAUAAUGUAACACCAGCGGAAUAUUGGCAAGAUCCUCUCAAUAAGAAAGAAUAUAAGCAGAAAAGUGUUUUCUUAGCUGAUAUUAAUCAGGAAAGAGGAAUCAAUGCUACUUAUAAAAAGAAUUUAAUGAAGUUAUCCAAAUUCGUCAUGGUUAAAUUUGAGAAUGAUACUGUUGUCCAGCCUAAAGCAAGUGAAUGGUUUGGAUUCUAUAAAGAAAAUUCAACUUCGGAAACUUUCACUCUCCAACAAAGUCGUUUAUAUAAGGAAGACUGGUUAGGAUUGAAGGCCAUGGAUCACGCCAAAAAGUUGGUCUUUCUUAAAACUGAAGGCGAUCAUUUACAGUUUUCUAAUAAGUGGUUUAUUCAAAAUAUCGUCAAUCCCUAUUUAAAGUAG